AUGAAAAAUGCGGGAACAACUGGUAUAUCUAGAAAUAGCUAUAUCAUGAAUUUGCAGCUGUUAUUAAGAAUUCAUACAGAAAAAUGCAUUCUAAAAUUAGAUAUGCGCGUUGAAGGUAGCAUAUCUCCACCUAGAAUCGGAUCGUGUACCUCGAUAUUCACGAAUACAUACUUUCUUCCAUUCGUGGCGAGAGUGGCUUACUUUGUAUCCUAACUGUAGUAGAGAUUGAGAGAACUUAAGGGUAGCGAUCUUACCACCAUCAAUUUGUAAUUGCACAUAGCUGCACAUGUUUUGUAGUUUGUAAAAUCGUUUUUUUUAGAUGCAUAAUAUUAUAAGGCUUUUUAGAAUUUAUUUUCAAAAGAAAAUGUAGAAGAGAAACCGGAGAGUAAUAUUCAGAUUUUUUAAAAACCCUUUCUAAGCAGCUGUGUACGUCAUCUAUUUCCUGAUUGACUGAAUCACCAGGGGUUGAGAAUUUCAUUGUAAUGACACAUACCACUGAGUAAUUGAAAUAUUAUGAUGAUUGAUUCGUCAUACAACUAUGUAACUUUGGUUGCCUACAUCAUGAUGUUAGACUAAGGAGUUUGAAACGCUACGAAGGCUUAGGCAUAUCGUCAAAAUGAGACUUACAACAUUGUAACUCUAGGGUAACGAUAUAUAGUACAGUAUCGGUAUCACUAUAUAACGUUUGAUAAUCAACGAUGUCGAUGGGACAACAUCCGUAUUACUUUUUACUAUCAUUAUUAUAAGAACCGAAUGCCUGAGGCUAUUGCAUCAUUUAGGCGUAU